GUCACGUUACGUCACGUUUGUGAUACAAAAACAAAAACGAUAAACAAUUGAAAACAUGUUUCCGCUGUUUAUUUUACAUUACGAUAGUUAGUGUAAAAUUACAGUCUGUUGUUACAUUAUUAACUUCGUCACAAGAUUUACAAUAUCGUGAUUAAAAAUAAUGAGCACUUUAAGCAAGGUUAUUGACCAAGAUGAUAUGCACAGAAUAACUUCGGAGUUUUCGCGACUAAGAGAUAGGUGCUAUUUAGAACAUGCUGGAUCCGCACUAUAUCCCAAAAGUUUGCUUGAAAGCAUAAAUGAUGAUCUCAUGAACAAUGUUUAUUCCAACCCACAUACUGACAAGUACACAAGAGAUUGCGUGGACCAAAUCAGAUGUUUAAUUCUUGACCAUUUUAACACAGAUCCGUCCACAUACUCAGUUAUAUUCACUUCUGGUACAACGCAAUCCUUAAAACUGCUUGUAGAAUCAUUUCAGUUUGGUAUUGAUCAAAAUGAAGUUUUAAACUGUGGUUCUUUUGUUUACACGAGGGACAAUCACACAUCUGUCCUAGGACUUAGAGAAAUUGCUGCUGAAAAAAAUGCUGAUGUUAUACACAUAAAUCAUAAUGACUUUAUUAGUUCCCUUGAAGGAAACGAUACAGCUCCUUCUAAAUGGAAGGAGAAAUAUAAAAAUGAAGGUAACACAUUGCUUGUGUACCCUGCCCAGAACAAUUUCAACGGGUUCAAAUAUCCUAUAAACUGUAUGAAGAAAAUUAAAGAUGGAUGCCUAAAUAACUAUAUUAAAAAACAACUGUGUAAAGUAAGUUGCAACUGGUAUGUUUUACUAGAUGCAGCGUCAUAUGCAGCCUCAAGUAAAUUGGACUUAUCAAAAUACCAGCCUGAUUUUAUUGCUCUAUCUUUUUAUAAAAUAUUUGGCUUUCCAACUGGAUUGGGAGCUUUGUUAGUAAAAAAUGACAGUAUAGAUGUGUUGAAUGAAAAGAGGUACUUUGGAGGAGGUACGGUGGAUAUAGUUCUAAGCAGUGAAGAUUUCCAUGUGAAGAGGGAAGCCCUGCAUGAAAGAUUUGAAGAUGGAACUGUCCCUUUCUUAUCAAUCAUUGCUCUAAAACAUUGUUUUGACGUACUCAACAAACUGAUUCCUAAAGUGAUGAACAAUGACGUCAUGGAAACAAUAUCAUGUCACACUUUUCACUUAGCUAAAGACCUUUACCAUCAACUACAGAAUUUGCAGCAUAGGAAUGGUAAGAAAGCUGCUGUGUUGUAUAUGGAUUCAGACUUCACAGAUAUAAGUAAACAGGGAGCAACGGUAACAUUUAAUAUCAAAAGAGAAGAUGGAUCUUAUAUUGGAUAUGCAGAGUUUCAACACUUGGCCGAUUUAUUCAGCAUAAGCAUAAGAACUGGAUGUUUCUGCAACUCUGGAUCAUGUCAACGGCAUCUUAACGCGACUAAUAAGGAAAUGAAAGAUAUGUACAAAGCCGGGCACAAAUGUGGGGAUGAAAUCGAUCUGAUUCAAGGAAAACCCACAGGCGCUGUUAGAGCCUCCUUCGGAUACCACAACACAUUCGAAGACGUAGACAAACUCAUGCAAAUGAUACAUCAAUGUUUCCUCAAAACAAAAUUCAAACCGCCAAAAAGAGUCAAAGUCGGUUUAGACAUAAUAAAACCACCGGAAAAUGGAAAAAUUAUCAAUGAGAAAUCCAAAUUGAUUGAUGACGAUUUAUUCAAUGAUAUUGGUGCACCGUUUGUCAAGUCUGAUAUAACUUUGAAUGAAAUAGCAAUAUUCCCUGUUAAGUCGUGUGGCGCUUUCAAAGUUAAAACUGCUUGGCCUAUAGGACAAAAAGGUUUCAAAUAUGAUAGGGAGUGGAUGAUUGUCAAAGAAAACGGAACUUGUCUUACUCAAAAGCAGAAUACUCGAAUGUGUAUGAUAAAACCGACAAUAGAUUUGAAACAGAAAUUGUUAAUUUUGAAUUUUAAAGGUCAACAGCCAAUUACAUUGCCGUUAAAUCCUACAACCAAUAAGUUGAAAGAGCAUUUCAAAUUCUGCCAAACUAAAGUAUGCACAGAUAUAGUCCAAGGUUACGAUUGUGGCGACGAAGUGGCCGAUUGGAUAUCCAACGCUUUGGAAGUCUCAUUUUUAAGACUAAUUAGACAAUCGAGUAACGAUAAAAGGAAAGUUAAGAAGAAGGGUGAAAAAGAAGACUUGUUAGCGUUGAGCAAUCAAGCUCAAUUCUUAUUAAUAAAUAAGGCUACGGUCAGAUGGUUGGCUGAUAAGAUCCAAGAUCCGGCGUUUAGCGAUAGUGUAGGACAAUUAACUGACAGAUUUAGAGGGAAUUUGGUAAUUGAUAUGGACGAACAGUUGGCGGAGAGAGCUUGGCAGAGGGUAAUUAUUGGAAAGCAUGAGUUUAAGGUGGAAGGUCAAUGCCCCCGUUGUCAAAUGGUGUGCAUAGACCAACAAACUGGAGAGAAAACCGUGGAGCCUUUGAGGACUAUUUCGGAGCAAUUUGGCGGUAAACUGCGUUUCGGCAUCUACCUUACCUACGUCGGCACCAUCGACGGUUCUAAAGAUAACGUGUUGAAGACAAACACACAUGUGCAACCGUUGAGCAACGAAGAUGAUAUUAGCAGAUUCCAAGAAUGGUUUUACCAAAACUUUCUGACUAACCAUUGUUAUUCAUGUCAAGUGCCUUACAAACCUAGCAAUGUGAAACAAAAAAUUAAAUUAUUUUGCGUCAGAUAGAUUUUAAAGUGAUUAAAAUGUGUGAUGUUUUUAUUUUACAGAUUCCAAGAAUGGUUUUACCAAAACUUUCUGACUAACCAUUGUUAUUCAUGUCAAGUGCCUUACAAACCUAGCAAUGUGAAACAAAAAAUUAAAUUAU